CAGCCCCGGGUGUUGGCACUGUCCUGACUCCGGGUCUACAGGACAGGACUGCCCUGGGUAGGGAUGCUGCACUGUCAGAGGUGCCGACUUUUUGCAUAAAACCUUCAACUGUUCUCUUCUCUCCCACGUGGGAGUUUAAAAAGAAAUCACCCCCACCCCGACUGCCCCAAUACUCCUGAAAGAUGAGAGCGACGAAGUUUUUCCACCGUGUUGUGAAUGACAACAUUAUUAACAGCGCAGAUUAACCGUUGCUGUGUCUGGGUCUCUUCCUGCCACGUUUCACUGCAUUGGAACAGUGACUUAACCUCAAGUGCCCGAAAAUGACGAAGAAAUGGUUUGCAUGGCCGUGGGGCAACCCAUUGUGCUCCAAAAAAGUAGAUUAUGGAGAAUGAUGAACUUUCGCCAGCGAAUGGGUUGGAUUGGAGUAGGAUUAUAUCUUCUAGCAAGUGCUGCAGCCAUUUAUUAUGUAUUUGAAAUAAAUGAAACUUACAACCAACUGGCUUUAGAGCAUAUUCAACGGAACUCUGAGGACCUGGGCAAUGGAGCUUCUUGGACACAGACAGUAACAGCACGCUUGUUUUCACUCCCAUUCUGGCUGUGGGGUCUCCUGUUUCUGAUUCCAUACCUGCAAAUCUUCUUGUUCCUGUACUCGUGUACAAGAGCCAAUCCCAAAACAGUUGGCUACUGUAUUUUCCCAAUCUACUUGGCUGUUGUUUGCAAUCGCCACCAAGCUUUUGUCAAAGCUUCCAAUCAAAUCAAUAGAUUAAAAAUAAUUGACACAUGAAUGGACCUGUCACUUUAGGGUAUGAUAAGUUAACACCAAAUCAAGAUUCAGAGCAUGAAUGCUUAAUUUGUUGUAAUCUGUAACGAAAUAUCUGGCUGCACCUGAAAUUUCAUUGUGGUUUUAAAAUUAUGUUAUUUGGGAUGGUACAAAUCCUGCAGACAACUGUGUAGGCUGACAUUGUUUGGAUUUUGUUAAUGUUUAAGAGUCAAUCACCAUGAAUCACUCCAGUAACCCCUCACAGCGUGCACAUUUCAGAAAUUUUCAUUAUUUUCCAAUGGGAAUUCUGAGCUCUUUUAAGGCUACUUUGAUGGCAAGGGUUUUCAUUCUUUAUCCUUCCAGAUGCUUUAAGCUUAUAUUUUUGUCUUUUGCACUUCAGUUUUUAACUGUGACUGAAAAUGAGAUCCAGUAAAUGUUUUUCUAUUUCUAACAAAAUGUCUAUUUCGGUUGAUUCAAAAAACACAGAUUACAUUCACACCAAUCAUUUUUGGAAAUGGUGUGUUUUCAAAAUGGCCUUGUGAAUAAAGAUUAUUUGACCAUCUA